AUGGCACCCGCGCUGCCAGAGUUCAAGUUCUUCCACCUCUCCAUGCCAGCGGAGUACGUUGCGCAUGUCGAAAUCAAUAGACCCGACAAGCUGAAUGCUUUCCAUGGUCCUAUGUGGCACGAAAUGAGAGCUGUGUUUGAUUAUCUUUCGUUCGACCCGGGCGUGAGAUGUGUGCUCAUCUCUGGAGCCGGGCCGAGAGCGUUUACUGCAGGCCUAGAUGUUAAGUCAGCAGCCAUCUCUGAUCCGAUACAAGCUCAAGCAGCAGAUCCGUCCCGGAAGGCCAAUUCCCUCCGCCACUACAUCCUUGAGCUGCAAUCUUGCGUAUCUGCUCUGUCAUCAUGUCAGAAGCCUGUUAUUGCCCUGAUGCAUGGUUAUGCAUAUGGUCUCGCAAUAGAUAUCGGAACAGCCUGCGAUAUCCGGUUAUGCGCCAAGUGUACCAGGUUCUGUGUCAAGGAAGUUGACAUCGGACUGGCAGCUGACGUUGGGACAUUGAGUAGGCUGCCGAAGGUGAUGGGUGGAUUGACAAGCUGGGUCAAGGAGGUGUGUCUCAGUGCGCGUGAGUUCGACGCUGAAGAGGCAUAUCGGGUUGGGUUUGUCAGCAAAGUGUUGCCAAACAAGGAAGACGUGGUUAGGGAGGGCCUGGAGAUCGCCACUACGAUUGCGGGCAAGAGUCCCGUGGCAGUGCAAGGAACGAAGAAUGUGCUCGAUGCGACCAAGGGCAGAACCGUGGAGGAUAACCUGAGCUACACUGCGGUGUGGAAUUCGGCCAUGCUACAGAGCAGCGAUGUAGAGAGAGCUAUGGGUGCUGGGCUAAAAAAGAGGACGCCAACGUUUGAGAAACUGUGA